GGCUCGUAAAUUCCCAUCCAAUAAACGAUCAUUUGAUACGUAUAAACGAACCACGUUCUUCUACUGAAUAAAGUGUGUAUCGUUGAAGCACAAGCUCUUCUAGUGGUUUGUUGCGUAAUUUCAUAGCCAUGGCGUGCAAUCAACUUCCGCGUAGAAUGAAUCAUAGUGCAACACAAUCAGCGAUCGUUAAUUGAACAUCAAACACUUUCCUACGUAGCAGGUGAGACAAACGACGAAGAAUUGCCAGUGUUUGAUCAGGAUUGACGUGAGCAUGCCUCUUGGUCAACGUCACGUUUCACCCCCGUUUGGUGGAUACCUGUUUUUAAAAAAACACGUACUCGAGGAUGCAUCGAUGUUACUGGUUUACCAGGUUGGUUAUCACUUGCCAUAGAACGUCAUUGUACGAUUAGCGUGGUUACGUUUGACGUCAUUAUUUCAUAUAAAUGCUACGAGGAUGCUUUGCCGGGCACAAACCUGCCACAGAGCUGUUACAAACAGAUUUAGUGGUUUUUCAUAGACAAAAAGUGGUUUUACACGAACUAUACUUGCACCUUUUCUUGCUUUUAUCUUCCUUGAGCGAAUAUUUGAAGAUCUGCAAAGUCAUUUUUCAAGUAGAGUACUCGAGGGUGUUUUUGAAGCUUGAAGAUUGGAAGAUCAGUGUUGAAGUCUGAAUCUUGAAGGAGCUUUUCACUGAAAUAACAAGAUGAAAGCCGUCGCAAUCAUCUUCUUUCUGACUUUCCUUGGCUGCUCCACCGCAUUUCCGGUCAAGCUGGACAAUUCCAAGUCACUUGCCAGCAUUUCGACUUUGCUCGAGGAACCAACCGAUCUUAGAAGCAAACGACAGGAUGACUCAAGUCCAGUAGCAUACGCAUUUCUCCUGAGCAAAUUGGAUGGGUCAGAGGGGGAUUUUGAUGGUACUUUGGUCGAGAAACGCGAUGUAAAAGAACAAGAUCAAGGAGAUCUUGAAACUGCAGCUGGUACUUACGUUCUUCGACCACUGUUCGUCUACCGACAGCAGUUGGCGUAUAGGCAACGAGUCAGAGAUAUGAAUCGUCGAGAAAAUCGCUUCUGAAUCAUGUUAAUAGAGCCGGUUAUGACGUUGACAACAUGACAAACAAAAAGACAAACGAUUUGGAAGCUAAAGGAACGCAUGUAACCCAUAAACCACCUUAUAAAGGAGCAUAUACGGAAAUUUAUGACUGAAAAGAGGAAUAUGAAGUUCCCUUUUUUAUGGAAUGGGAAGGAACUUUAAUUUUGAGGAAGAUUCUGUGGAAAAGAGGAAAGCUAGAUUCCUUUGAAAGCAAUGUAAUGAAAAUUAAGGAGAAUCUAAGAAGAGAAGAGUAAUAAAAGAAGAUCUGUAAUCUUCAGGAAGGAUGCAAUAGAGAUAGGAAGAAUAUUGAAGAGUAUAAGUGUUUGAAGAUUUAACUAUUAUUCAAUUUUCGAAGAUGAACUUUGUGCUAUAUUUCUUCUAUCAUUGAUGAGAACGAUAGAAAAUCCUUACAAGGCAUGGAAGUUAUCGAAGGCGGAAAUAGAGAGGUCUUUAACGCUGCGUUAGUUAUCGAACUCGUUAAUGGAUGAGUAUAAAUAGUAGAGCUGAUAAUUGGAUGAGCAAACUGCCCACGUGAUAAACAGAAGCAUCAGUAGAUGCAGAAAACAACAUCUCUGAUGUAUAAGUUUCUGUUCUCUUUCUACAAUUUAUUUAGUCUUUCUUAUGUUCUGUAAUUUGUCACAAAAUUUUGUACUGAUAUUUUUAAGAUGAAAUCUUAGCUUAUAUUGUAUAAAAGUAUGAAUUAGUAAUUUAAGAUAAUACUCUAAUUGAAGGUAAUUUU